AUGUCAUAUCCAUAUAACCCAGAAUUUUUUGUUCGUUACCCAAAAUUUAAAGAAAGGGAAGAAAAAGAUAGAAUUGUGGAUCCAAAAAUAGAAUUAGAAAAAAAAUGUGCAGUGAAAUGUGUUCGACCAGUUAAUGAAUAUCAAAACUGUGUAAGUAGGGUAAAAGCAAGAACUGAUGAUAAAGGAAAUUGUUUAGGUCAAUAUGAGGAAUUAUAUGUUUGUAUUGAUCAUUGUGUUGCUAAAGAUUUAUUUAAUUAUCUAGUUUAG